AUCUGCCUCCUCAGCCGCCAGCCAAACAGUAAUCAGUUGCUGUGUGUAGCAGACAAAAAUAUAUCAGCGCCGGCCCUACCAUCGCUUAUAUUAUUUAUCAACAGAGAGCUUAUCUUUUAGGCAGUUAUCCAUGACCGCGUUUGAGGAGAUGGGAAUGAUGGGGGAGUUGGCCAGAGCCACCGAAGACAUGGACUGGACCCUCCCCACUGAUGUUCAAGCUGAAGCAAUUCCCCUCAUCCUUGGCGGCGGUGACGUUCUUAUGGCUGCGGAAACGGGGUCCGGCAAAACAGGAGCCUUUUGUCUUCCAGUCCUUCAAUCUGUUUGGGAGACGCUGAAGGAGAUUCGCGAGGGGAGAAGCGGAGGGGGCAAUACUAGCAGUUCAUCCUCCUCAUCAUCCAAAUGGGCAUUGUCUGUGUACGAUCGUGGCUCGGCAUUUGCAAUAAGUCCGGAUGGACUACGUUGCCAGUCACGUGAGUUUAAGGAUUGGCAUGGGUGUCGUGGGACGAAGGGUGUGGUGGGAAAGGGGGCCUACUAUUUUGAAACAAUUGUCCAAGAUGAAGGGUUGUGCAGAGUGGGUUGGUCUACACACCAGGCCAGUCAUGAGCUGGGCACGGAUCGUUACAGUUUCGGUUUUGGUGGAACUGGGAAGAAAUCGCAUUGCAAACAGUUUGACGAUUACGGAGAGCCAUUUGGAAAAUCGGAUGUUAUUGGAUGUUGUCUCGACCUGGACCGGAGUGAAGUACGAUUCACUAAAAAUGGAAAAGACUUUGGCGUAGCAUUCCAAAUUCCUGCGAGCCUUCGAGGUGAAAUCAUUUACCCUGCAGUGGUUCUAAAAAAUGCCGAAAUACUAUUCAAUUUUGGCGACCAAGCAUGGAAGCACGAGCCUCCCAAGGGAUUCAUUGGCUUGGCACAAGUUCAAGAGGACCAGCUCGUGCAGGUCAAGAGUAAUCCGAACCAUGGAGCCAACAAAGGAGCUCAACAGCCUCUAAAAAACGUGUCAAAUGCGCCUCAAGCUAUCAUCAUGGAGCCUUCCCGUGAACUGGCCGAACAAACUUUUACACAAAUUCAAAAAUUUAAAAAGUACUUGGACGCUCCCCCCAUCCGAGAAUUGUUGGUCAUUGGAGGAGUUGCUGUGCGUGAUCAGAUUGAAGCUCUCAGUCGAGGCGUCGACAUUGUUGUGGGGACUCCAGGACGGUUGGAAGAGCUCAUCGGUUCAGGCCACAUCUCACUCGCUCACACCCGAUUCUUCAUCCUCGACGAGGCUGACGGUCUCCUGAAAGCAGGGUACACCCAACUCAUUCACAAAAUGCACGGUCAAAUUCCCAAAGUCACUGCAGAUAUGAAACGACUUCAAAUGAUUGUGUGUUCCGCCACGUUACACGAUUUUGAAGUGAAGAAACUGGCUGAAAAGCUCAUGUACUUUCCUACCUGGGUUGACCUGAAAGGUGAAGACGCCGUACCGGAAACUGUGCACCAUGUUGUGGUUCCCGUGGACCCUAGGAAGGAUUUGUCCUGGCACUCCCUCCGCCAACAUGUGACCACAGACGGGGUUCACGCCAAAGACAAUGUCCGUCCCGGAUCAAACACGGCCGAAACAUUUUCCGAGGCUGUGAAGCUCCUAAAGGGAGAGUACUGUGUGAGAGCCAUUGACAAAAUGAAAAUGGACCAAGCACUCAUCUUUUGCCGGACCAAGAUUGACUGUGAUAAUUUGGAAGAGUAUCUCGUGACGAGAGGUGGUGGCCCACGAAGUGUGAGCAAUCCGUACACUUGUGUCUGUCUGCACGGGGACCGAAAACCAGCAGAGCGAAAAGAAAACUUGGAACGGUUCAAGAAAAAAGACGUGAAAUUUCUCAUUUGCACGGAUGUUGCUGCCAGAGGACUCGACAUUUCUGGACUUCCUUUCAUGAUAAACAUAACUCUGCCCGAUGAGAAGUCCAACUACGUUCACCGGAUUGGGCGAGUAGGUCGUGCAGAGCGGAUGGGCUUGGCAAUUUCGUUGGUGGCCACAGUUCCGGAAAAGGUGUGGUAUCAUGGGCAGUGGUGCUCGAGUCGUGGAAAGAACUGUUGGAACACGAACCUCACUGAUCGCAAGGGCUGCUGCGUCUGGUACAAUGAGCAACAAUACUUGGCCGACAUUGAAGAACAUUUGAUUGUUACGAUUCCACAAGUAGAACCAGACAUGAACAUUCCGUGUGAUGAAUUUGACGGCAAAGUGGUUUAUGGUCAAAAGCGAUCUUUACAAGAUGCCUGUGGGAAGUACCACCUCACGGAGACAGCGUCAUCCCUUCAGCAGCUAACACGUCUUGAGAAAGAGACACAGAAUUUCUAUCUAACUCGACAAUUAGCCCCAAAUCUCGCAAUAAAGUAAUGAUGGAUUAUGGAUUAUAUGUUUAUCAAUUUUACUCGAGUUGUACGAUAUAUCAUAAGUAAUGCUUAUUAUUGUUACUAAAUCACUGAUCGUUUUUUGUAAACUAACCCUCCAUAUAUGUGCAUGAUAUGUAUUAUGCACAGCUAUUUACCAAAAAGUGGAAUAAAUAAAAUAAAUACACCAGAA